AUGUCCAACUAUCAACCAUCGUACGAUGCUGUCUCCCGAACAUGGGAAGGUCCAACAGUGAAGACGGUGUUCAAUCCCGAAGCCAGUAUCGGGCAGGUGAUAUUUGAAGUGCUAAACCGAUCUUCGGAUCGUCUGGUACAGAUCGACAUGGAUACCGGCCGGUCAAUGACGUACGCGGAGUUCAAGAGCAGGAUGAUUAGGUUCGCUCAAAACCUCACUGCAAUGAGAGUAGGCAAGGGUGACGUAGUUGUGUUGGCGAAUGCGAACAGCGAAAAUCUAGGACCUCUUGUGUGUGCUCUGCUAUCGAUCGGUGCUCCAUUCAAUGCACUUUCUCCGAACUUCAACGAAGACGAUAUGGCACAUAUGUUGGGAACAACGAAACCGAAGUUGGUGUUCUGUGAUGCGAACAACUUCGAUAUAGUUCGGUCUGCAGUAAGGCGAGUGUUCCAAGGAAAAACUCCACCGAUAUAUGUGUUCGAGGACAAGAGAGACGACGUUCAGCACGCAGAGGAGCUGUUGAAGGAAACGGGACAGGAGGAACAAUUUAUGCCACGGUAUCUCGGUGACAGUAGAAAUACUAUAGCUGUGAUCCUUUGUUCCUCUGGUACUUCAGGUGCUCCCAAGGGUGUCAAGCUAUCGCAUGCCACUUUAAUGAAGUUCGAAGUAUUUUUCACUCUUCACCAUCCGAAAAACUCUCCAGUACAGAGAGUUUACUUCAACUUCAGUGCCAUCUACUGGAUAACUGGCCUCAAGUGGCUAGUGAAUGUUUUGAUGAACGGCGAUGUGCGGCUUUUUACACGCAACGGUUUUAAUGAGGAACAGUUCUUCGAAGCAGCUGAAAGGUAUCAUGCUGAAUUCGUCCUUACUGCUCCAGCCUAUGCGAACGCGAUUUUGUGCCACCCACGGAUAAGAGCAAUCGAUCUACGAUCUAUCAAAUUGUGGUUGAUUGGCGGAAGUAUGGUUUCAGAGGAUCUACGAGAUCGAGUCGAUGCGCUGCUUCCAAACGGUCGCUCGGUGAACGGAUUCGGAUCGUCGGAAUGUGGAGUCGUUGCUACCGACUUCGGUGAACGAAUACCUAAUGCCAUUGGGAUGCUGUUCUCGGGUCUGCGAGCUCGAGUCGUUGACGAGCUCGGAAAUAGAUUAGGUGCCGGUGAACGUGGUGAAUUUUUGCUGAAGCCAGAAUAUCCUUUCCUCGGAUACUACGGGAAUGUAUCGGCAACAGCGAACGCUUGUGACGUCGAAGGCUUCAUACGCACUGGCGACUUCGGUUACAUCGAUGAAAAUGGUACUUUGUAUUUGGUUGAUCGUCUAAAGGAUAUCUUCAAAUAUAAAAAUUUCCAUGUAACACCAUCCGAGCUCGAGAUGCUCAUUUGCAAGAUCGAAGGAGUACAAGAGGUUUCAGUAGUAGGCGUUCCAGAUGCGGAUCGGGUGACAGAUCUACCGGCAGCGUUUAUCGUGAAAACUCCUGGUAGUGACCUUGACGCACCGACAGUGAACAAUAUAGUCGAUAGCCAGGUUUCGGACUUUAAACGACUCCGAGGAGGCGUCCAUUUUAUAAAAGAGUUACCAAAAACUGGUAGUGGCAAAGUAUUGCGCCGAGAGGUUGCUGAAAUCAUCAAACAGAGAAAUAAUAAGAAAUAAUCAAACAAGAUGUUUUAAAUAACGCAAACGAUUGAACUUCAAGGAGUCCGAUGAAGUGGAUAGAUGUAAAACGAGCUCCUUCAUCCCGGAUGUGGUAAACUUAUGCGAAGAAAAGUUGUCGAAUUCGUUGUUCGAGCGAAUAAUCCUCACAAAGAAGUAGUCAGACAUAGAAAGUGUUGAAAUAUUUUGAAUAAAAUUAUUC